AUGUCGGGCUGCUGGGGCAGAGAAAACUGGCGCCGCUGCCCUCCGCUCCCUAUCGGCCUCCGUUUCCAUUCCUCCAGCUUUGUGCGCCAGCUCAACACAUACGGUUUCCGGAAGGUCGACCCGGACCGGUGGGAGUUCGCGCACGCGUCGUUCCUGCGCGGGCAGACGCACCUCCUGGUCGUCCGCCGGCGCGGCCGCGGCGGCUGCGAGUUCGGUGGCUUGCCUACAUCGAAAAUCGGAAAAACUGCGAAUUUCGGUCAGUGUCGGUUCGGUUGGUUUACCGUUUUUUUGGAAAAAGUGCCUACCCCUAGCGGCGGCGGGAAGCGCAAGGACGACGGCAGCUCCGGUGACACCGUGGGCGAUGAGGAGAGCGCGGCAAGGGUGGCCGCGGAGGUGGUCCGGCUGAGGCAGGAGCAGAGGGCCAACGAGGAACGGCUGGCGGCGUUGUGGUGUCGCGUGCAACAGGCCGAGCGCCGGCCAAAGCAGAUGCUCACGCUCCCCGCCAAGGCCGCCGGUGACCCUCGGGUGGUGCACCUCCUCCUCGCCGGCGCCGGCAGGCUCGCCGCGGGGCCAGGGUACAACACCGGGGCGCCUGGGAGGGCGCGGCUGCUUCGUGACGUCGGCCGCAGUGCUGUUGACGAUGACGCCACCGCCAGGCAUGACGCCAUGGCGGCCACGGCGGGCGGGACGACGGGGUCGCACUUGACUUCGCAGUGUUCCUCACCGGCAGCGAGACAACCUCGACAAUUGCUGCUCCCCGAUCAUGCCGGGGAGAUCGAGACGGCGUCCGUUUUUGAUGUGACUUCAAUUCGUGCUGCACCAGAAUUUCUUGGAUCGGACUUGUUGGAAACGGAGGUGGCCCUAAUCACCCACUCGAAGGUGGACCUAUACCUAGGAAUACCCACUCACCACUCACUCUGUAGUGGAUAGCUUUAUAAUUUCUAAUUACUUAGUGCCUUUUGGUCCUUUUUGG